AUGUCGCUGCGUGUGCUCCAAGUGUCUACGCGUGCCGCCGCGGCCGCUUCCAGCAAGCGUGCGGCCUCUCGUGCCUUCUCUGAGGUGGCUAAGGAAGAGGAGGCUGCCAAGGCUGCGGCUGAAGCUGCCGAGGACAAGCUCAUGGCCAAGCUGCGCGAGCAGCGAUACACCGAUGCCGAGCGUACCAUUCUGCCGUACCACGCGUCGGAGGCUUGCGUCCCGACCAUUGAGAAGUCUCCCAUGCCCUACCCGGAGGAGGCUGCCAUUAUGUCUGGUACGGGCGAGUGGUCCGUGGGCCGCAAGGCGAAUCUCUUUAAGCCUGCGCGUAACCAAAUGCAGAGCGGAAUUCACCAGACUAAACACUGGGAGAUCCGUUUCUCGUCCCCCCGUACAUGGGAGAACCCUCUCAUGGGCUGGACCAGCACGGCUGACCCGUACAUUGGUCUAGUGACCAAGUUUGACACUAAGGAGGAGGCUGAGCGCUUUGCCAAGAAACAGGGAUGGGAACUCGAGAUCACUGAACCUGCCCCCGUUGGCGACUACUACGGCAAGAUCUCGUACUCGCACAACUUCCUGCCGGAGCACGUCGAAACGCUCAUCAAGCAGAAGGGCAAGAAGUCAGCCGUGCAGUUCAAGCACCCCACAGGUCGCCAAAGCAACUGGGUCAAGACCCUCAAGUACCACGGUAAUGGCGUCGUGGCGCAGCACGGCGGCGAGGCCAAGGAGUAAAGUACGCACAGAAUAACAGCAAUGCUGUGGUGCGAAAUAAGCAACUCGCUUGCCAACAAGAAAAAAUCUCCUAUGCUCA